AUGAGCCGCCAAUUCACCUGCAAGUCAGGAGCUGCCACCAAGGGGGGUUUCAGUGGCUGCUCAGCUGUGCUCUCGGGGGGCAGCACGUCCUCCUACCGGGCAGGGGGCAAAGGGCUCAGCGGGGGCUUCAGCAGUCGGAGCCUCUAUAGCCUGGGGGGCACCCGGAACAUCUCCUUCAAUGUGGCUUGUGGCAGUGGAAAAAGUGGAAGUUAUGGAUUUGGCCGGGGCCGGGCCAGUGGUUUUGCUGGCAGCAUGUUUGGCAGUGUGACCCUGGGACCUGUGUGCCCAACUGUGUGCCCGCCUGGAGGCAUCCACCAGGUCACUGUCAACGAGAGCCUCCUGGCUCCCCUCAACGUGGAGCUGGACCCCGAGAUCCAGAAAGUCCGUGCCCAGGAGCGGGAGCAGAUCAAGGCGCUGAACAACAAGUUUGCCUCCUUCAUUGACAAGGUGCGGUUCCUGGAGCAGCAGAACCAAGUGCUGGAGACCAAGUGGGAGCUUCUGCAGCAGCUGGACCUGAACAACUGCAAGAACAACCUGGAGCCUGUGUACGAGGGCUACAUCAGCACCCUGCGGAAGCAGCUGGAGACGCUGUCCGGGGACAGGGUGAGGCUGGACUCAGAGCUGAGGAACGUGCGGGAUGUGGUGGAGGACUACAAGAAGAGGUAUGAGGAAGAAAUCAACAGGCGGACAGCUGCAGAGAACGAGUUUGUGCUGCUCAAGAAGGAUGUGGAUGCAGCUUAUGCCAAUAAGGUGGAGCUUCAGGCCAAGGUGGACUCCAUGGACCAGGAGAUCAAGUUCUUCAAGUGUCUCUUUGAAGCUGAGAUCACGCAGAUUCAGUCCCACAUCAGUGACACAUCUGUCAUCCUGUCCAUGGACAACAACCGUGACCUGAACCUGGACAGCAUCAUUGAUGAGGUUCGCGCCCAGUACGAGGAGAUUGCCCUGAAGAGCAAGGCUGAGGCCGAAGCCCUGUACCAGACCAAGUUUCAGGAACUGCAGCUGGCAGCUGGCCGGCAUGGGGACGACCUCAAGAACACCAAGAACGAAAUCUCAGAGCUCACCCGGCUCAUCCAGAGAAUCCGUUCAGAGAUUGAGAAUGUGAAGAAGCAGGCUUCCAACCUGGAGACAGCCAUUGCCGAUGCUGAGCAACGGGGGGACAACGCCCUGAAGGAUGCCCGGGCCAAGCUGGAUGAGCUGGAGGCUGCCCUGCACCAGGCCAAGGAGGAGCUGGCCCGGAUGCUGCGCGAGUACCAGGAGCUCAUGAGCCUGAAGCUGGCCCUGGACAUGGAGAUCGCCACCUACCGCAAGCUGCUGGAGAGUGAGGAGUGCCGGAUGUCAGGAGAGUAUCCUUCCCCUGUCAGCAUCUCCAUCAUCAGUAGCACCAGCGGCAGCAGUGGCUAUGGCUUCCGGCCCAGCUCGGUCAGUGGCGGCUAUGUGGCUAACAGCAGCAGCUGCAUCUCUGGAGUGUGCAGCGUCCGUGGCGGGGAGAGCCGGAGCCGGGGCAGCGCCAGCGACUACAGGGAUACCCUGGGGAAGGGCUCCAGCCUGGGUGCUCCCUCCAAAAAAGCCAGUCGGUAG